AUGCAAAUCCGCAAGGUAUUUCUUUUAAAGUUUAAAAAACUACUUUUAGGGAGUCUUCUACUUUGCUUGAUAGCUCAAGCAUGUUGGCUUGCACUUGUACGUCAUCAACGACAGCUAAAGCUGGAUUCAUAUUUUCUAGAGAGAUCUCGAGAGGCUUCAUCGAGGUAUGACUCUACAAGAAGAAGAGGAUCGAAUUGGACGCUAAAGCUAUCUAGCAACACAUAUAACGAUGAGCUGCCGGGCAAGACCGUAACAAAAGAGCUGCAGAGGGAAAAUGCUACCCUGCUAAUGCUUGUGCGUAAUUGGGAACUACCGGGGGCACUGCGAUCCAUGAGAUCGUUGGAAGAUCGCUUCAAUAAGGACUUCCAGUACGAUUGGACAUUUCUGAACGACGUUCCAUUUGAUGAAGAGUUCAUCGAGGCCACCACCGCCAUGGCUAGUGGUAAUGCCCAGUAUGCCUUGAUUCCAGCGGAGGACUGGAACAGGCCAUCUUGGAUCAACGACACUCUGUUCGAAGAGGCUUUACAAUUGAUGGAGGAAAAAAAUAUCCUAUACGGUGGGUCGAAAUCAUAUAGAAACAUGUGCCGAUUCAACUCUGGCUUUUUCUUUAGACAAAAAAUAUUGGAUCAAUACGAUUAUUACUUUAGAGUGGAGCCAGAUGUGGAGUAUUUUUGCGAUUUCCCCUACGAUCCAUUUAAGGUGAUGAGACAGAAUAACAAGAAAUACGGCUUUGUCAUAGCUAUGUAUGAGUACGAAGACACCAUUCCGAGCCUAUGGGAGGCUGUCGAAGAAUAUUUGGAGGAAACUAAGUCUCGGGAUGCUGAUAUGGAAAAUAACGCUUUUGGGUUCAUCUCGAAUUUUGACUUUUUCGGUAAAUCAUUUGGUGUCCUGGACAGCAACAGCGACUAUAAUCUAUGCCAUUUCUGGACAAACUUUGAGAUUGGUGAUUUGAGUUUUUUCAGAAGUGAAAAAUAUAUCAAAUUUUUCGAGUAUUUGGAUUCUAAAGGUGGUUUUUAUUAUGAAAGAUGGGGAGACGCGCCAGUGCAUUCGAUUGCCGUGUCACUCCUACUGAAGAGGGAUGAAAUCAUUCAUUUUGAUGAACUAGGAUACAAGCAUAUGCCAUUUGGCACGUGUCCAUCUGCGCACUACUUAAGACUUCAACAAAGAUGUCUCUGUGACAGCAACCACCCCGACAACAUCGAUCUCAAUGUCAUUAGCUGUUUGAGAAGAUGGUGGAAGGACGGCAGCGGGAAGUACUUCCUCAAACAUGACUCAUAA